AUGGUGGACGUGCGCUCACGCACCGGCGCAUGUUUUCCAUUCUAUAUUUCCAGGGUAAGGUUUCAUUAUGGUCAUCCUGAUAUAUUUGAUCGAAUCUUUCACAUAACAAGGGGUGGCAUUAGUAAAGCUUCAAAGAUAAUCAACUUAAGCCAGGACAUAUUUGCAGGGUUUAAUUCAACUUUGCGGGGGGGUAAUAUAGUACAUCGUGAAUAUAUCCAAGUAGGCAAGGGGCGUGGUGUGGGAAUGAAUCAGAUAUCAUUAUUUGAGGCAAAGGUUGCUAACGGAAAUGGAGAGCAGACACUUAGCCGUGAUGUUUAUCGGCUUGGGCACUCGUUUGACUUCUAUAGAAUGCUUUCAUUCUAUUUUUCAACGGUUGGAUUCUACUUUAGUAGCAUGGUGACCAUGCUAACCAUAUACGUAUUCUUAUAUGGACAUAUAUACCUGGUUAUGAGUGGUGCUGAAAGAUAUAUUCUUGGUAUAACAACCAUACAUCAAAGCAAGGCCCUCGAAGAAGCUUUGGCUGUCCAAUCUGUCAAUCAGCUUGGCUUGUUGUCAAUGCUUCCAAUGGUUCUGGAGAUUGGCCUGGAAAAAGGAUUUCGUGCUGCUUUUUGUGAUUUUAUCAUUAUGCAGCUGCAAUUGGCAUCUGUUUUCUUUACGUUCCAGCUUGGAACGAAAGCACAUCAUUAUGGCAGAACAAUCCUGCAUGGAGGUUCUAACUAUCAAGCUACUGGUCUUGGCUUUGUUUCUGUUCAUGCAAAGUUUUCUGAAAACUAUAGAUUGUACUCCCGAAGUCACUUUGUGAAGGCAUUGGAGCUCGUUAUACUAUUGGUCCUGUAUGAACUUUAUGGGGAAUCAUAUCGAAAUUCAAAUCUUUACUCAUUUAUCAUAUUCUCAAUGUGGUUUCUAGUUGGUUCCUGGUUGUAUGCUCCUUUUUUGUUCAAUCCAUCUGGUUUUGACAUGCGAAAAACAAUAGAUGAUUGGACAGAUUGGAAGAAGUGGAUGGGAAAUCCCGGUGAUAUUGGGACCCAGAUUGAUAAAAGCUGGGAAUCGUGGUGGAAUGCAGAACAAGAACACCUCAGAGGCACAACUAUAAGGGGAAGGAUUCUUGAGAUUAUCCUUGUAUUUCGCAACUUCAUUUAUCAAUAUGGAAUUGUCUACUACCUUGAUAUAGCUAAACACAACAAGAGUUUACUGGUAUGGUUUGUUUCUUUCAAUAAUAUGGUUUGCUUAUUGGUCUGUGAGUUAUAUUUUCGUGAAGCAUUCUGCCAUUUUUAUUAUAUACUUCCAUUCUUCAUAGGUUUAUGGAAUCUCUUGGAUAGUUCCAGUAUCUGUGCUUCUUGUUUUAAAGAUAGCGCAAGUGUGCCGGCCAUUGUUUAAAGCGUUGGGAUUAUGGGAAUCAAUAAAAGAGCUUGCUCAAGCUUAUGACUAUGCGAUGGGACUGGUAAUUUUUGCUCCUAUUGCCAUUUUGUCAUGGUUCCCAAGUGUAUCAGCGUUGCAAACUCGCCUGCUUUUCAAAUAAGCAUUUGUUAGAGAUCUCCAGAUCUCUAAGAUUCUUGCUGGGGGAAAAGGUAAGUAUGCAGAAUCCAAGAGAAUGUUUUAGCAUUUCACAGUUAAGAGUUCUUCCACUUCUUAGUAUAUGGGUUUGAGCUUAUUGUCUCUGUAAGGUUGAACCAAUCGUUACAAUUUUUUAUAUGUAUCUUGCGGCUGAGAAACAAUAAAAAAUAUCAUAUUUCAG